AUGGGCUACUUUGUCAAGGUGGAAGAGAAGGAGGUUCGGGCUUAUAAUUGGGAAAUUGAAACCUUGGCGGCUCUUGCAAAGUUAAAACUGGCUAAAGCUGCCUUGGGGGAGAAAGAGUGGUACUUUUUCAGUCCUAGAGAUCGCAAGUACCCCAAUGGAGCUAGGCCCAACAGAGCAGCUGCGUCUGGAUAUUGGAAGGCAACUGGGACAGACAAAGUUAUAAUGACAUCAACAAUGGCACCAGGAGGUGCAAUAAGAGGACAAGAAAACGUUGGUGUUAAAAAGGCUCUUGUUUUCUACAAGGGAAAGCCUCCAAAGGGAGUCAAGACUAAUUGGAUUAUGCAUGAGUAUCGCCUAGCAGAUGCCCCCACCUACAACAACAAAUCCAUGAAGCCAAAAGAUUCAUCCAUGAGGUUAGAUGAUUGGGUUCUUUGCCGGAUUUACAAGAAAUCUCAUGCUUUAACUUCAUCUACAAGGGCAGCCAUAACCAGUGAACAUGACCAAGAAGAAGAAGAAGAACAAUUUGUCCAAGAAACCGGCCUUUUCCCGGGGUUGAAAAGUCCCGUAAGCAACAAGAAUACCCUCUUAUCCCAGAAGUCCUGUUCUUUCUCCAACUUAUUAGAUGCCAUGGACUAUUCCCUUUUGAGUAGUUUCCUAGCAGAUACCCAGUUCAACCCAACAGGGUUUGAAUCAAAUCCUACAUUGAAUAGUACUGCAGCACAAUUGGACCAGCCUUUCUUGACCAGUAACAGUAAUACUGCAAGCAAUAGUAACAGCAUGAGCAGCGGUUACUUUCUGCAAAAGUUACCUCAGUUGAACUCUUCAAUGCCAAACAACAUGCAGGAGAAUAAACUGAAGCGCCAACUUUCACACAUUGACGAGGACUUGCUGAAUCCAUCAAAGAAGUUCAUGAACUCUUGCAGUUUCCCUAACACCAACAAUGGUACUCAAACUGAUGUGGGACAAUACAACUUCCUAAGCCAGCCAUUCUUGAACCAGCAGUUACUUUUGAGCCCUGCACAUCUUCAUUUCCAAGGUUGA